AUUCAGCAGUUUUCAAAGAAAGAGAUUGAGGAUUUGCUACGCAAAGGGGCCUAUGCCGCCAUUAUGCAAGAGGAUGAUGAAGGGUCUAAGUUCUGCGAGGAAGACAUUGACCAGAUCCUUCUUCGCCGCACCACCACCAUCACCAUUGAGAGUGAAGGGAAAGGAUCCACCUUUGCCAAGGCAAGUUUUGUGGCCUCUGAAAACAGGACAGACAUCGCUCUGGAUGACCCCAACUUCUGGCAGAAAUGGGCCAAGAAAGCAGACUUAGACCUGAAUCUCCUGAAUAGUAAGGUGUGUUGGAUUGGGAAGAGGGAUAAAGUCAACUUGGAUGAUUGGUUGGCCGAGUAAUAGAAGAAUCAGGAGAAGGAUUGCAUCUCUUGUGGCACAGAAU